AUGCCCAGCCCGACUAACUCACCCUCAGAGGACGAUGUUUUUCUAGAUAAUGCCAACGACGAGCCCGUCAUCGUGGACGGCGAUGUUCUCGAAGCCGCAAAGGAGAACAUUCAACCUCUCGCAUCUGGCAGACGCGCUACUUCACUUUCUGCCAUCCUAUCGACUCCACACGCUCAACGCGAACAAAAGCUCUCUUCGAUGCGAAAUCGACUUCGAAUCAACGUCGAAGUAGCUCUCGAGGACGAAGAUGACGAUCCUCUAGAUGCUUAUUGUCAUCUUGUAUACUGGACUGUAGAGAACUACCCGCAGGGUCAUUCAGCCGAGUCAGGCCUCCUCGAGUUGCUAGAGGAAGCGACAAGGGUGCUGAAAGAUGAUAGGGAAGGGCAGUGGAAAGAAGACAUGAGGUAUCUGAAGCUCUGGGUCCUUUACGCGACAUAUGUCGAACGACCGGCCAUUAUAUAUCGAUUCCUUCUUGCCAACGAAAUUGGAACGGCUCAUGCUCUGUUGUACGAAGAAUUUGCUAUCAUUUUGGAACGAAAUGGAAGGUUGACAGAGGCGGAUGCCACUUACCUCCUCGGUAUCAACCGCAAGGCCGUACCCAUCGAUCGCCUACAGACCAAGCAUCGUGAAUUCCAAAAACGAAUGAUGACCUCUACGACCUUCUCUCAUGCUUCUCCGCCCAACCCUACCGACGACGACGAUUCCGUCAGCCAAACGCAGGUCCAACCAAAGAAACGCGCUGUAUUGGCCGAGGCUCCUCGCAAAGGCGGCACCGCGUCGAGUACCUCGGGAACGCGCACAACUCGAUCUCGUAACGGGUCUGGCCAAGCAAUAUCUUCGAGUUCCACCACGUCUGGUCCCGAACACCCCCGCACUGCAUCGUCUUCCUCCCGUCCCGCGCCUCCCAACGCCCGUCUUCAGAUAUUUGAAGAUCCCGCUCCCGGUACGCAGGAAGGCGAUGGAGAGAAUGAGCCUCCGGAACCGGAGGCGCCUACUCCGUGGGCUGAAUUGGGAACGCGGGUAUCGAGAGUGAAGGAGAAUAUGCCCGAGGUGAAAAAGAUGAGAGGGACGACAUUGAGAGCGGGUGGCUCACGAGGGACCGGUGUGGCGAGGACUGUGGCGAGGGCGGGAGGCCCGAGAUUGGAGAUUUUCAAGGAUCCAGAACCGGAAGCGGGAGCUGGUGAUGUUUUGGAUGGAGAAGAGAACGACGAGGAAGGAGAUCAGGAGCAGGCAGAGACCAAGCCGAGGACGAAUGGCACUGGUUCAUCGUCGAAAGCUGCGGGCAAGGCUGCAUUCGCGCCCGUUCGAGACGAAACAACCACCACCAUGGCUAAAACCAAGGCGCUGAGGAAGCCGACCAUUCCGUCUCUGUCAAGGUCCACGACGAAGAUCCCUACUUCAGUUGCGUCGUCGAUGUCUAGAGCCAAACCUGCGUUUGCACCUUUCGUUGACCCAGGUUCUGCUUCCGAGGUCAAGUCAGCACAGGCCGAUCAAUCCAAGACGACGACGAGGGCAGCGAAAGCAAAGGCCAAGCCCAGCGGAGUGCCUACUAGGUCCACUCUCGCAUCGACAUCCAAGGCAUCGACAUCGUCCAAAGCCGCCUUUCUACCUUUCGUCGAGCCCAGGCAACAGGAUACUGCUCCACUCGACAAAGGAAAGUCGAAGAUCGCAAGUUCCUCGUCUUCGUCUACUUCUAAAGGGAAAGCCAAAGCACCCACUCCCGCCUUCACGCCGUUCGUUGACUUGGAUGCAACCGCCACACGGUCGAAGACAAAGGUGGCGAGCUCAGCUUCUUUGGCCUCGAAGCCCGAGCCUGCGUUCAUGCCGUUCAAGGAUCCUGCUCCCGACGACGAUGAAGUAGCCGCCAAAGCACCAACCAAGGCUCAAGCGGCUUUCGUUCCUUUCGUCGAUGAACCAGAGAACGCUCCCACAAACAAGGGCAAGGAGAAAGAGAAGGAGAAGAAGGCUCAGAUCAUGCCUGUCACGCCCGCCAAACCUACGUUUACGCCAUUCCGUGACGAGCCCAUGUCGCCUACGUCUGCUGCAUGUGCAGGCAUCGUCCCCGAUAGCGUGAUGAAACCCAAGAAGGCCGUCUUGAUGUCUUCCGAGGCUGAUGCUUUGAGAAAAGAUCCUUUCAAGAACUACAAGGAUGUGGAGAAGAUCAUGGGAGAUGGGCUGGAUGCAGAUUGAUCAUUUGUAAAGAAUAUUUUUGUGAUGCUUAUGCUAAAGGGCCGAAGGAACAGGUAGAGCUACGUGGUAC